UUACGGGAAACCAAGAAGGGAAUGGAGUUUCGUGCAGUUAUAAACAAAUCAACUGUCAAGUAAGAGAGACAGGUCGUGUAAACUUUAUUACGGAAAACCAAGAAGGGAAUGGAGUUCCCUGCAGUUAUAAACAAAUCAACUGUCAAGUAAGAGAGACAAGUCGUACUAACAUUACUCAAGAACAAGUAAAUGAAAUGAACCCUUUACCAUAUGAAUAUGGUCAUGCGGAUGGUCUUGAUACAUUUUUGGCUCAACAGCAAUAUCAGCAGAAUAGCUUUUAUUAUUCGGCACCUGAAACGUGUCAAACCUUUUACAUCGGAGAUUCAAACGCUGGUUUUUAUGGUAAUCAUAUUAGUAACUACUAUGCUGAUUUUCUACGUACAGAAGGAAACAAUUGUGAUUAAUGGAGGGCAAAAUUUUUUUUAAAAAAAAAAAAAAAAAAAAUUAACGAAAUAUAUAUAUUAUAUUUACAUAACGAUAAUCACGUCAUUUUCAUCAGUAUUGCAACAUCAUAUUUAAAACACUAAUAUGUACUUUUAUAGUUCGUGUAACAUAGAUUAAUUUCGUCAGUAUUAGGGGUUAGGAGUCGUAUUACCAUAUUUAGAUUAUUACUUUUCGAAUUUUUUUUUUCCUUUUCCCUUUUUACCAAACCUAUCUUUCGUUUAUUAGAUUUAUCGAAUUUAAUUAAUUUUUUUCUUCGUUUUGUAUUUUUACAUUAUUACGUUUCGUUAUAUAUAAUUUUUACCGAGAUUCGAAAAUUAUAAUUCGUUUUUUAAAAGAAUAAAUCGAAGUAAAG